AUGACGACGAUGAUCUGUCAUCAACAUGACAAUGGCGAAAAUGAUAACGAUGAUGAUGAUGAUUACAAUGACAAUGACGAUGUCAAUGACUAUCAUGAUAACGAUGAUGAUAAUGACGAUUAUGACGACGUAGACCAUGACGAUGACGGUGACGAUGAUGAUUGCGACGACGAUGAUGAUGACGAUUCUGACGACAUAGACCAUGACGAUGACGAUUACGAUGAUGAUGAUGAUUACGAUGACAAUGACGAUGUCAAAUACGAUGGCAAUAACGAUGACAAUGAAGAUGACGAUAACGUUGUUAAUGACAAUGAUGAUGAUGUUGAUGACAAUGACGACAACUUUGACCAUGACGAUGAUGAUAAGAUGAAGAUGACGACGACGAUGUAUCUUCAUCAUGACGAUAGCGAAUAUUUUAUGAUGACGAUGACGAUGACAAUGACAAUGACAUCGAUGUCGAUGACGAUGACGAUGACUAUGACGAUGACGAUGAAGAUGACGAUAACGAUGACGAUGAUGAUGACGUUGAACAUGAUGAUGACGGUGACGAUGAUCAAUGACGACAACGAUGACUAUGACGAUGACGAUGACGAUGAUGAUAAGAUGAAUGAUUAUUCUGAUGACGAUGACAAUGUCGAUAAUGAUGAAGAUGAACAUUGA